GGAAACUGCUUUUUGUUUUGAUUUUCAGACUGACAGUGCUUCCAGUCACCAUGAGGAGCUCUGUGGUGUUUUGCCUGGCUGUCAGCUUUGCCAUGUUUGGAUUUGGCGUCUCGCUGCAGUGUUACUCCUGCCCUGAUGGCACCUCCAGCAGCUGUGAAGUCAAGCAGCAGUGUAACCAGGGUGAAGACAGCUGCAUCAAAAUCACCAGUGGAGAAACGAUCUACACCAGAUGCAUUAGCUACGCAGACUGUGAGUUCAGGACUCUGGCUGUCAGAUACCCCAUCCCUCAAUUCACCUUCUCCUGCUGUCAGUCCGAACUCUGCAACGGCCAAGAAAAAAGUGUUUUUCAGAAAUUAAAGGAUUUCUUUAAGAAUUAAGAAGAAGAAGUCCUGAUUUCAGACUGUUGAUUUCAUUCAUAGCACUUAAUUGUUCUCCUGCUGUAAACAUUUUUAAACACUCAACAAUAAAGUCUUAUCCUAAUAAAAUGUGUGCACUCAC